AUUCCUGCGCGGUCGUGUUUGUGCCGCGGUGGAGGAGGAGUCAGGGGGCUGCUGGCCCAGUUGCGAGUGAGCAGGGGCUGGUUGAGGCCCCUUCCGGGAAGGUGCGGCCGUCUGGGCGGGAGGGAACGGCUGUUGCUGCUCCCGCCCUGCCCCGGCUUUCCCCCUCGGGCUCCUCUCAUCCCCAUGGCUGAUGGAGACCAGCGCCGUCCUCAGAUCGCGCUGGGUUAACGGUGCACUUCCCUGGGGAAUCGGAGCAUCCAGAGGUGAAACGUGAACUAGUUGUAGCCACAGUGGCGGGGUUUGCGUGUGUCAAGUGGGUGCUGCGUUAAGUACCUAAAUACAGUGGUCUGGCAGGUCCAGUAAAAUGGGUUUGGCCCCGGCAGACCACCAGGCCGUGCUGAAGAAAACGUGUAAGCAGGGCACGAGUAAGCGAGUGGUGAAGGUCUCCGUGUGAGCCGUGCGGUUGUGGAUGUAGGGCACAGUCGUUGUUUCUGUGUUCAGUGGUCUUACGUGGAACUUCCUUCCCCGCCCCCCAUAAAUUUGCUUUGCUGUUUUUUUGAAUUGCUAUAAACUUACAGCUUCCUAAAAACUCCUAGUACAGAACUGGAUUUCUCAGUUAUAUGGUGUGCUUUGUUUCUUUAUUUAAUUUGUCACCGGGUUAGUAUCACCUGAUGUCUUCUUCCUUCUGUAGUGAAAGAGGUAGUAAAUAAUUGUCUUCUGUGUGCAUUCUGAGAGCCAGACAAGAUAUUCUAGGAUUGUGUCAGAUGCACUAACUUCUGUGCAGAAGAAUUUUAGUUUACGUAGUAGUUUCUCAGUUGCGACUUACUGUGAGUCUGAUUAGUUUGGCCCUUUUCCUUUUGACCUGCACAUGGGCUAAACAAGUGGUAGGGCCAGAAGUACCUCUCUCUAGUUCCGUUAAAGGUGUGGUGUUCAGUUGUUGCAAUGAAAGCCACCAUAUAUUGCUUAAGCUUUGGAGACAAAAGGUUAAUAGUAUGUUGCACAUUGUCACUGGAAAUCUGUGGUGCUUUACGACGGAUGUUGACUUUUUGAAGCUGAAGAGUUGGAUUAUAAUUUAAUAAUUUCUGUUCCUGUGGCCACAGUGUGGUAAUUAGUAGAGACACGUUUUUCACAUAAAAGAAAUGAUUGAGUCAGUCAAGAUAAGAAGACAGUGCAUGCUGGAUUUCUACUCACAUUAUGAACAUCUUUGUGCUCUUCAAGGCUCUCUGCCACUGAAAGCUGUGAAAGCUAACCUGACUCAGGGUGCUCUUGAUCUAAUUGUAGAUCGCAUGAAAGCUGCUGAUUGGGCACCACUUCUGAGUGCUAUUAGUCAUAACAAGACUCUGACUUCUAUUGGAAUACGAAGUUUUCAUCAGCAGGGUCUCGGAGAACCAGGUGUUGAAAGAUAUAAAACUUACAUUAGAAGGAGAACUCCAGCAAUUCGAUCAAAAGACUUGACUGGCCAACUAUGCAGAGCUGUCAAAGGCUGUCUCAGUAUAUCAGAUGUACUAAAAAAUUUAGAGCUGCAGGGUUUGCUUCUGAGGGAGAGAGAUCUAAUACUUUUAACAAAGGGCUUGGCCACAGCUUUAUCUCUGGAGAGUGUCUCUUUAGCCCACUGUCCAAUUGGAGAUGGAGGAUUGGAAACAAUCUGUCAGAGUGUAAAGAAUUCAGCUACUAUCAGAUAUGUCAACUUCUCAGGAUGUAGUCUUACAUGGCGAGGGGCAGAACAUAUGGCAAAUGUAUUAAAGUACCAGGCAAUGAAAAGACAUGGUGAAGCUUGGGCUGAAAGCCUGCGUUACAGGAGACCUGACCUUGAUGAUAUGACUGGCUUGAGGCGAAUUACUUUGAAUGGCAACAUGCUUGUUGGAGAUAGGGGAACAAGUGCCUUCGCAGAGUGUCUAGGAGAGGACCUUUGGCUAAAAGCACUUGAUUUGCAGCAGUGUGGGAUAUCCAAUGAAGGAGCAAAGUCAUUAUUAGAUGCUCUUCAAACUAAUACAACAUUAGUCGUACUCGACAUAAGAAAAAAUCCAUUAAUUGAUCACAUUAUGAUGAAACAUAUUAUUGAAAGAGUUCUUAUGAAUGGAAAGAGUGCUGAUUCAGAGUAUAAGUGGCUGGCAUCUUCACCUUCCAAGGAUGCUUUCAAAACUAGAGCAAAGAAAAGAACUAUUGUCCUAGGAAGUGGUCGAAAAGGAAAAGCUACUAUUCGUAUUGUUAUCUGGAAGCAGAGAGGAUUAAUACCUAAAAAGUCUGUGAGUCCAGGGAAAAAAAAUAUGUCUGUGAAAGAUAGCUACUCCCCAGAGCCGCUACCACCAGGCACUAAAGGCUUCCUUCCUUGGCGGACUGCAGAACGUGCAAAGAGAUGCAGAGGAGGGCCAGCGGAUAGCACUAAAGAACGACCAGUGAAGAUUCAGACAGGUAUUCCUGUGAAAGUGACAGUAGAAAGUGCUUCUACAUCUGAAACUGAAGAUUUAGAUGAUGUUUUCCAACAUCCUGAUGUAGCAAAAUCAUUAGAUAUGAUUAACGUAACAAAGUAUGAGCAAUUACAGUUGGACCUGGAAGAAUGCAUGGGAAAAUUAAAGGAAGAACGAAGAGCCAGAGUAAAGGCUGAGGAACGGAUAAUAGAGCUGGAAGUAGAAAACGCAAAAUUAAGGAAUCAAAAUACCUCCCUAUCUGAAGUUCUUCAUGCACAGUCAGUAACCAACAUGGUUUUGGAAGAUGAAGGUGUUCUAGGCAGCAUUGAGAACUCUUUCCAAAAGUUUCAUGCUUUUUUAGACCUCCUUAAAGAUGCUGGACUUGGACAACUUGCUGUGUUAGCUGGAAUAGAGCAGUCAGAUUUUGGUCUUUUGGGGCAUCCACAAAUGAAUUCUACUCUCAGUAAGCCUGGUAAUGUGCUAAAGGAAAAAUCUUUUGAAGAAGGAAGAGAAGAACAUGCUCAAAAUAGCAAAGUUAAGUCUGUAGAGACCACAGCUGGGAACAUGCAGGUUUCUCUUACUGGAAUGUUUCAGUCCCAGAUGGUUGUGAAUAACAUGUUCUGCACCCUUAGAGAAACCCAAGGAUUUCAGACUACUGGGCAACAGAACCUGCCAGGCUCACAGAAGGAAAACGAAGCUCAAACAAUUAACCAAAAUAAAGACGAUAAGCCUCAAAAUAGUACUCAAGCGUUCUCUGAGAGAAGAGUCAAACAAAAUGAACAUGGAAAAGGAAAUCACUCAGGAAGGCAAUUAGUUAGCAGUUUGCACUCAUCUUCUGAUUCUGUUGUUUAUGUUAAAAGUAAUGGUAGCAGAAUAUCCAAUGGUGCUCCUGGUGAAAAAAGCAAAACAUGUUCCUCAGAGAAAUACAUCCCUGGAGCAAAUGAAACAGCAAUUACAAAUGAUGGAGUAAGAGGAGACCAAAGCAGACUGCAGACAGCAAGCUACUCUGGAACUGACACUGUAGGAUCUGAAUCUGAAAUACAAGAAGGACUCCAAAGUGUUGCCAGCAUUGGAAAAGGUUUUAAAAUGUUUUAACUGUUCUUCAGACUUGUGAGAUUCAAAAUAAAUUUUGGAUGCCUCAGUAUAGUUUGUGAUUUUUUUCUAAAGUAAUUUAGACUUUGUAAACUUUUAAAGGAUUGCAUGCAGUUUAGUAUUCCUGUUUCAUGUUUGCAUCAAUUGUCACUAGAUUUUUAUGUUUGGAAAUGUGAUACACUGGUGGAAUGGUAUCCUUCAGUUUAUACUACACACAGAGGAUUCCUGGUGUGCAGACUUUAUUGUGUAUCACAGAUCUCAUUACAGAGCAUAUACUGUUUUGAGCUAAUAAACUUAAUUUGAGUAC